AACAUCAUGAACAUUGCUAUCCUUCCAAUCCGGCUUAGCAGCCUGUCUGAAUGGCGUCCUACCAUGUUGCCCAGACGAAGUCCACACCGUGCCACAAAUCACAGCCUGAAUUGAGCCUCCUUGGGUAUCGUAUUAUGACUGCGACUUCGCGCGUGUCCGCGCAUGGAGAUGGAGGCGCUUGGAUCCUUCAGGCCGCCAGUUCAGUCUGGGCUUUUCUUUAAUUUCUGCGGCAUGGAGACCAGCAUUAUACCUUGAUGGAAUCUUCUUGUGCAUGCUGCUUACCCUGCUAGAGAACGAUAGAGGACUGAAUUGACUUGCACAGAAGCCGAGACAGAAACCACAGAAACAUGGCUCCGCGCGAGCAACUCCUCGAAACAGCCACAAAGUACCUCGACGCACACAACCAGCGCGACUUUCCAUCCAUCGCCGCUUGUUGCACUCCAACCUGUACCCAUCGGGGCGGACCAGCCUCCGUCAAGGCCCCGACUCGCAACAACGACGAGUACGUCGCCUUCAAUGUCGAGGUCUUCAAGAUGAUGCACACCUACCAUGCCGAGAUGACGGACGCCAUCGUUGACGAAGCCUCGCGCAAGGUUGCCUUGUUCUUGCACGCCAAAGCCACCGCUGACGCUGGCGAGUACGAAAACGAGUAUAUCAUCACGCUGACCAUGAGCGAGGACGGAAAGUUGGUGCAGGAUCAGUAUGACUUUAUCGACAGCCACACUAUGAUGCAGUGGAUAGCCAAGCUGGGCAACUUUGGGCCGGAGACGUGGGAGAAGAAGUGAGGGAGCUGUCUAUAGCUACCGUAUCUCCACACAAUCGCUUGGACGAAGAGGAGCGACGAGAUGGCUGCCAUAUCUGAUAUCAGUAGCCCAUAGGAUGCCGCUGUGUCCAACAGGAGACCAAAGAUCCUUGGGAAUGAAGAUUACCUUUGAGCUAAUGGCCAGAACACCCUUCUCCUCGCCAUGACUUGCUGGAUAGCCAUCUAUUGCUCUAUCAUGACUG